AUGGGGUGUUUCGGGUCGAAAGAGGCGCCCGUCGAGGACCCCCUAGCGGCGUACAGGAUCGAUGGGCCUUCCGAGGCCGCGGGCGCCCGCCAGGGCAUGGUCGAUAUCGACGUCGACGGGAUGGAGUUCACGGACGUCGCCGCGGCGGAAGCAGCGCCACCCCGAGCGAAGGCACCGCCCGUGGAGGCCCCGGUGCCCGCGAAACAGCGUCCGCAGAAGCAGCGCAAGGCAGAGAAGGUGCAGUCUGGCAAGCAAGCGCCCGGCCCGCCCUCUGGGGGCAUCGGCGCCAUGCCCGCGGGGCUCAUGCGGCAGAAGGAAGCAUUCAAGAAGGAGGACUUCAUGUUCAUCGGGCGCACGGGCGAGGAAUGCGUGCGCAUGCCGGGCCAGGUCAAGGGCCAGCAAUUCGUGAUUGACAACUGCACGGAGAGCGCCGUGUUCCUGCUCGACCACGUCGACUCCGUCACGAUCGACGGCUGCGUGGACUGCCGCUUCUACAUCGGCCCCACGUCCGGCUCCGUCUUCAUCCGCGACUGCGUCGGGUGCACGCUCGUCACCGUGUGCCGCCAGCUGCGCACCCGGGACUGCCAGGAGUGCACGAUUCUCCUGCACUGCCGCUCCCGGCCCAUCAUCGAGACCUCCCGCCGGCUGCGCAUCGGCUGCGCGGACGCCGAGUUCGGCGCCCUGCGCACCACGAUGAACCGAUGCGGUCUCGACCCGCUGCACAACUUCUGGUCGCACGUGCACGACUACUCGCCCGCGGCGGCCGACCAGCCCGCGAACUGGCGCCCCGCGCCCCGGGAGCUGACGUCGGAGCAGGCGCUGAUGCCCGUGCCGCUGCCGGCGAUCGAGGCCGGGUUCGCCACGCCCGAGGAGCCGCGGGUGCUGCUGCGGAUCAACGGCGACUGCUACCGCGCGCGUGGCAGCCCGUCGUGCGUCGUGCUGCUCCCGGAGCGCGCCGCGUCGCGCGCCGUCGACGUCGCGCGCUCCCUCGUGCACGCAGCCGGCAUGCCGCUCCUCCACACCAACCGCUUCGAGAUCCCGCACCAGCUCAUCCAGGCCGCGGCGUCGCGGCUUGGCGUCGCCCCGCCCGCGCUCGCCGGCGUCCUCGCGUACCUCGAGGUCGAGGGCAGCGCGGACGACGCCCGCGCGGUGCUGCAGCAGCUAGGCGUGCAGGGCGCGAUCGUGUCGGACCGCCACGACCUCGCGGACGACCUGCGCAUGCUCGGCAUCGACGGCGGGUGA